AGCUAUGGUGCUGCCAGGACCUAGGGAACUGAGGCCCCGUCCCCUCUUUUAUCAGCCAAUCAGCGUGUACCGGGGUGGCUAGCCGGGGUCCAUGCGCAAGGGAAACUACUGGUGCGGGCUGUGAGCUUCGGCCGGGUUUAGUCUGCUCGGGCGGGGCAGCGGGGAGUGAGUGGAGCCGAUCCUGGCGCGGGACCGACCGAGCGCUCCCCCCGCCGGCAUGAUCCGCGUCCCCGCCAUGAUCCCUUCCGGCCGCCGGUGAAGGGUCCCGGCGAGCUGAAGUCUGCGAGGGGCUGUGGGCGGCAGCAGGACCGCGCCCGGCGAGCUGCGCUCUUCGCCUUCCCUUCCCCCCACUGGCUUUGAGUAGAGGCUGGCUCCGCUUGGCGGGGGUGCGACUCGGAGCUGGCGCCUCGGUGUGUUCGGGCUGGCCGGAGCGCGCUGCCAGACUACAGCUCACCGGCGCCUCUCGCGCCUACAGCAGUGGUGUGUUGCUUAUAAUUGCUGGCAGGUUUGACGCCGAGACCCCUUCGACCAGGCCAUGAGGAGCAGGAGUAACUCCGGGGUGAGGCUGGAUGGCUAUGCCAGGCUGCUGCAGCAGACCAUCCUCUGUCACCAGGACCCGGUGACAGGAUUGCUCCCAGCCAGCAGUGAUCACAAAGAUGCCUGGGUCCGGGAUAACGUCUACAGUGUGCUAUCUGUGUGGGGCCUGGGUUUGGCGUACCGCAAAAAUGCAGACCGUGAUGAGGACAAGGCAAAGGCAUAUGAGCUGGAGCAGAGUGUAGUGAAACUGAUGCGGGGAUUGCUGCAGUGCAUGAUGAGACAGGUGGAUAAGGUGGAGGCAUUCAAGCACAGCCAGAGCCCCAAGGACUGUUUCCAUGCCAAGUACAACACCCACACUUGUGCCACUGUGGUUGGAGAUGACCAGUGGGGUCACUUGCAGUUAGACGCCACAUCAAUUUACCUGCUCAUGUUGGCACAAAUGACAGCCUCUGGGCUUCACAUUAUCUACAGUCUGGAUGAAGUCAAUUUCAUACAGAACAUUGUGUUUUACAUCGAAGCAGCGUAUAAAACUGCAGACUUCGGGAUAUGGGAACGUGGAGACAAGACAAACCAAGGAAUCACGGAGCUAAACGUGAGCUCAAUCGGCAUGGCUAAGGCAGCCCUUGAAGCCCUGGAUGAACUCGAUCUCUUUGGUGCCAAAGGAGGCCCUCAGUCAGUGAUCCAUGUCCUGACGGAUGAGGUGCAGCAUUGCCAGUCUAUUCUCCAUUCCAUGCUGCCAAGGGCUUCGACUUCCAAGGAAAUUGAUGCCAGCCUCCUCUCAGUCAUCUCGUACCCCGCCUUUGCCGUGGAGGACAGUGAGCUGGUGGAGAUAACGAAGCAAGAAAUCAUUACAAAGCUUCAGGGGCGUUAUGGCUGCUGCCGGUUUCUCCGAGAUGGGUACAGGACCCCUAGAGAGGACCCAAAUCGCCUCUAUUACGAGCCUGCUGAGCUGAAGCUCUUUGAGAACAUUGAGUGCGAGUGGCCUUUGUUCUGGACCUAUUUCAUUAUCGACGGGAUCUUCAGCGGCAAUGUAGAACAGGUCCAGGAGUACAGGGAGGCCCUUGAAGGCGUGCUCAUCAAGGGGAAGAACGGAGUUCGCCUGGUGCCGGAGCUGUACAGCGUCCCUCCCAAUAAGAUGGAUGAGGAGUAUGUGAAUCCCCACACUGUUGACCGAGUCCCUAUGGGCAAGCUGCCCCACAUGUGGGGCCAGUCUCUCUACAUCCUGGGGUGCCUGAUGGCAGAGGGAUUUCUGGCUCCAGGUGAAAUUGAUCCCCUGAAUCGCAGGUUUGCUACUGUCCCAAAACCGGAUGUGGUAGUCCAAGUGUGCAUCCUAGCAGAGACAGACCACAUCAAGGCCAUCCUGAAGAAGCAGGGCAUCGAGGUGGAGACAGUGGCUGAUGUCUACCCCAUCAGAGUGCAGCCGGCCCGGAUCCUCAGCCACAUCUAUGCCAGAUUAGGUCGCAACAAGCGAAUGAACCUGAGUGGACGACCCUUCCGGUACAUGGGAGUCCUGGGCACAUCCAAGCUCUACGACAUCAGAAAGAACAUCUUCACCUUUACACCCCAGUUCAUCGAUCAGCAGCAGUUCUACUUGGCCUUGGACAACAAGAUGAUCGUGGAGAUGCUGCGGACAGACCUCUCCUACCUGUGCAGCCGCUGGAGGAUGACUGGACGGCCGACAAUCACCUUCCCCAUCUCGCAAACCAUGCUUGAUGAAACUGGAACCAGCAUCCACCCGACGGUGCUGGCAAUGCUGAGGAAGCUGCAAGAUGGGUAUUUUGGUGGGGCAAGGACCCAAACGGGUAAGUUGUCUGAGUUCCUGACAACUUCGUGUUGCACGCACCUCAGCUUCAUGGAUCCCGGGCCAGAGGGUAAGCUCUAUGCCGAUGAUUACGGGCUCAGCAUUGACAGCUACAGUGAGCUCAAUCCCGAGGAGUGGCUGCAUGGCUUUCAAUUAGCAGAUGAUGCUGACGUUUGUGAUGAAGUGGCUCAGUAUUUAGAUCACCUUUUGGAGCACACAGCUCCCAAGGCUGCCCAGAAAGGAGGGCUGCAUCGCUUCCGAGCCGCAGUGCACACCACUCGUGACCUCAUGUCCCUGGUGUCCCAGGCCAAAGAGCUGCACGUACAGAAUGUCAACAUGUACAUCCCGUCCAAGCUGUUCCAGGCCUCCCAGCCUUCAGUGCACUUGCUGGGCUCCACCCACACACCUGAACAGGACAGCCAGAUUCCCUCGCUCCACACCAUGGUAAACCUCCCUCAAGACAAGGCUGGAAAUGUGGACUGCAAGGCCCUGGUGGAUCAGCUGCGAGAGUGCCCCACCCUACAGGAGCAGGCUGACCUUCUUUACAUGCUCCACACCAUCAAGGGGCUUGACUGGGACACGGAGAUUGAUGGCCAACCUGGUGCUACAGUCAAGGACCUCCUCACUGAGCUAUAUGUCAACGUGGGGGCUACCCGACAGUGGGCCCUGAUCCGCUACAUCUCCGGGAUCUUGAAAAAGAAGGUGGAAGCUCUCGAUGAGGCCUGCACUGACCUCUUGUCUCAUCAGAAGCACUUGACAGUGGGGCUGCCUCCAGAGCCUCGGGAGAAGACGAUCUCUGCCCCUGUCCCGUAUGAGGAGCUCACCCGCCUGAUUGACGAAGCCAGUGAGAAGAACAUGAGCGUCUCGAUCCUGACUCAGGAAAUCAUGGUCUACCUGGCCAUGUACAUGCGUACCCAGCCCGCCCUCUUCGCUGAGAUGUUCCGCCUUCGCAUUGGGCUCAUCAUCCAGGUGAUGGCAACGGAGUUGGCACACUCCCUGCACUGCUCAGCUGAAGAAGCCACUGAGAGCUUGAUGAACCUCAGUCCUUCAGAUAUGAAGAGUCUUCUACACCACAUCCUCUCUGGCAAGGAGUUCGGAGUGGAGAAGAGCGUGCGUUCUGUUGAUUCAGCCCUAACCCCUGCUAUUUCCAUCCGCGAGGUUGGUGCUGUCGGAGCGACUAAAACAGAGCGAGCUGGGAUAGUGAAGCUAAAGAGUGAGAUCAAACAGCAACUGGAUAAACGUAGGCAGUCUCUGAGGGAGAGUAAGUCCUGUGGCUUCCACUCUCUGGAGAUGGAUUCAGGAUCUCCUCUGAGUUCUGGACGCUCCAUCUUGCCUGCUGGCGGAUCCUUCGCUAGCAUGUUGGAAGAUCAGGUCUCCAGAGAUGGCCGCCAUGGCCAGUGGCAGCGGAGAAGGCGACUGGACGGAGCACUCAACAGGGUCCCGGUGGGCUUCUACCAGAAGGUCUGGCAAAUCCUGCAGAAGUGCCAUGGCCUCUCUGUGGAGGGCUUUGUCCUUCCAGCCUCAACAACCAAAGAGAUGACUCCUGGGGAGAUCAAGUUUUCAGUCCAUGUGGAGUCAGUCUUGAACCGUGUCCCACAGCCAGAAUACAGGCAGCUCCUGGUAGAAGCCAUUCUUGUCCUGACCAUGCUGGCAGAUGUGGAAAUACACAGCAUUGGGGGCAUCAUUGCAGUGGAAAAGAUUGUGCACAUAGCAAAUGACUUAUUCUGUCAAGAACAGAAAGCACUUGGCGCAGAUGACAGUAUGCUGGAGAAAGAUCCUGCCACAGGCAUCUGUACCCUGCUAUACGACAGCGCCCCUAGUGGCAGGUUUGGCACCAUGACCUACCUCUCCAGAGCAGUGGCAACAUAUGUGGAGGAGUUCCUCCCCAGCAGUGGCUGCACCAUGCAAUAGACCCAUUUGGGCUUGCAUCUGGAGUUUACAAACUGCCUUGGGUUACCUUUUAGGAGUCAAAGGCAGGCGUUAAGCUAGCUUGCUGGUAGACUGUCUCCAUGCCAUGACAACUUGUUGAAUUCAGCGGUGGAACCUGCCAUUUCCUAGCUUCACCCUGGGGGAAAAAACUCUGCUGCAAUAGCUGUUCUCAGCACAGGGAGUGUGUCUCUGCUGAUGCCAAGUGAUGUUUCAGGAGAGCAUGUUUGUGUGAUUAAACCAUGGCUGUGUUUGCAUACAGCCAUCCCAGCUCUUUCCUGGCACUGAACCCAGGACCGGGUUCACAUGUGAGAGGCCUGUGCUGAGGGUCCCGGGAUUUGAUCCCUGCUCGGCUCUGGGGUGUCUGUAUGUGUGUUACAAGUCCGAGCUUGGGGUGGGUUUCACUCAGUGAGGUGGUGAAUGGGGGACGGCUCUGCAGAUGCACGCUAUGGUGCUCAGGCUGGUCUCACCUCACUGGUUUCAAAACCCAACACACAAUGGAGGGAACAGGCUCUUGCUGCUCUAGCCCCAAAUGUGUGUUGAAUUUUGAAGGAGGGUUUUAUAAAGUGAACAGUAGCUUACCCUGUUGUCGUAGGAGCUUGGGCCCAGAGCAGACCCUGCUGGCAUUAACUCGCUGAGCAACGCAAACCUAAUCCCUGUGCCCUGCCAGUUAGUCCCAUGGGCUUCUUCCCACAGUGCAGUCUGGACCCAUAGGCUCCGACUCCAUGGGUGCUCUGGGGCUGGAGCACCCACAUGGAAAAAUUGGUCGGUGCUCUGCACCCACUGGCAGCUCCCCAGCUCGCCUCCGCCUCCUCCCCUGAGCAUGCUGCCGCGUCCUGCUUCUCCCCCCUCUCUUCCAGCACUUGCGCCAUGAAACAGCUGUUUUGCGCGGCAAGCCUGGGAAGGAGGGGAUUUGGAGAGGGCUCCAAUAGGGGCACGGAGGGGUGGAGUUUGGGCGGGGACUUUGGAGCAGGGGUGGAUUCAGGUCGGGGGUGCAAGCACCCACUGGCAAAGAAAAAAGUUGGCACCUGUGUCUGGACCCCCUGGCUCCUCUGCCCCCCAGAGAUGUGAAGCUUUUAGAAACCAGACAGAGUCACUUUGGAAGGCGGGUGUAUCGAGACCCUGACCCACUCUCCCCAUCUGCUGGGAGCCGUGAAAGAGAACGCUGACUCUCGGCACUUUUGGCUGGCUCUCCAGCCCCAUCUCACACCAUGUUCAUCCAGGCUUUGAUGUGCUGUAUUCCUGCCAAUCAGGCCUGUUGUCGACUCACCCUCCUGGAGUGCCCCUUGUGGCCUGGCGUAGUGUUUUGGUGACUCCGCCUCUCUCUCCUCAUCAGGACUUCAGUGGGGACGUGGCCCUCUGGCCAGGCUGCUCUGUUGCUCCUCCUCUUCCGGGGUAUCGGUGUCACCAAUAAAUCCUAUCUGACAGAAUACCGGCAAUGAACAAGUCUUCACCCCAGCCUUCUCUCCCGUCUCACUCGUUUGCCAGAGCAGUGACUCUGAGCUUCCCCCCAGAACCCCUCAGCAAAAUACAAACCCAGCAACUUGUGCCCAGCCCCAGCUUGAGUUUGUAGCCAGCUUAGAAGAGCGGAGCACCGGGGAGAACCUACACAACAGUGACCCCCACCCCCCAGGGUUUCCUCCCUGGAGUUCUACCCCCUUUCGAAGGCCCACCACAAGCAUGAAUUCCACUCCUGGCCGUUUCCCACCAUACUCAUCCUGCUCAGCUCCUGCAGAGAGGGCCUCCAGACAACCUCUCCUGGUUUUCCCUCCCUCCACGGCACUGACAUCCAGCCUGGCCCCCCUGCAGGUAUAACAAAGUGGGGCCCCUUCAUAGUGGGGGGUGGUUUAUGCACCCCCUCAAGGCUGUGUCCAGCAUGGUACAGAUGGUUUGCACCUCUGAGGUGCAGGACCUGGGCACACAGGCGGUCCAGCUCCUCCUUACACUCGUUCAUAGUCAGGAGCAGACAGUCCCUACCCUCCAAGGACUUCAACACCCAGAGCAGUUCUCCCUUUCACAGCGCCUGCUUUGAUUCCAGCAGCUUCUUUUGCACGUUCUCUGCCAUUGCAACUAUAUGCUUGCACCCUGUCCCAUUCAGUGCCUCUGCAGUAAGGGCCUCAGUCUUUUCACCUAGCUCCCGGCAAGCUGGAGAGUUGGUAGUCACCCACACUUCCCCUGUUUUAUUUAAGGCAGUGUCCGAGUCCCUGCUGCGGGCUAUUCAGCCUCUCAUGUGGGCUCCGCUCCCCUGUGCUCAUCUCAACCCAGAGGGAAACCUGCUUCUAUACCUGCUGCUGCUGCUUCCAGUGUUCUUCCUCUGCCAUUGCCAAGGCUGGUUCUUUGUCUGGCCGCUUGGGCCAUCACUUCUUUUCAGGCAGUAACUGUUUCCACCUGCUCUCACUUACAAGCUUUCAGCUGGCCAGGCAGAAUCUGCAGGUGACUCAUGGCUGCCGGUUGGCCUCCUUCAGCAGUCUCCAGCUGGGUUUCUAACACCUUUUGAGUCCUCCCCAGCCUCAGCGGUCCUGGGCUGCAGCUCUUCGUUCAACCUAGCCCUUCCCUUCAUAGAAUCAUAGAAUCUCAGGGUUGGAAGGGACCUCAGGAGGUCAUCUAGUCCAACCCCCUGCUCAAAGCAGGACCAAACCCAACUAAAUCAUCCCAGCCAGGGCUUUGUCUAGCC